AUAAAACCCAGGGCCUCAGCUCAUCUGCACUGAUCCAUUCUGGUCAUUCCAGCUGCUAUUUCGCUCUCCCAGCCACUUCCCAAGGGAAACAUGGCAUUUGCAGGCAAAUACGAGUUCGAAGGCGAUGAGAACUAUGAUGAAUUUGUGAAGAAGAUUGGUCUUCCCAGUGACAAGAUUGAAUUGGGAAGGAAUUGCAAAAUAGUGACUGAGGUGGUGCAGAAUGGAAAUGACUUCACCUGGACCCAGCGUUUCCCAGGAGGCCGCACCACAACCAACACAUUCACAGUUGGCAAGGAAGCAGACAUGGAGACCUUUGGUGGUAAAAAGUUCAAGGCAACUGUUAAAAUGGAAGAUGGAAAGCUGGUAGCUGAGUUUCCCAACUACCGUCACACUGCAGAGAUCAGUGGAGGAAAACUGGUAGAGAUUUCUACUUCUUCUGGUGUAGUCUACAAAAGAACCAGCAAAAAGAUUGCAUAAGCCAGCAAAGCCUGUCUCUUCCAGUGCACUGAAAAUCAACAAUAAAAUCAAUAAAAUAAA